CUUCAACCGCGCUCCUGAACCUCUUGCCUCAUGCAGCAAACUCCCUCUCUCUUCAAAUAGUAUCUCAGUGAGUGCAUCAUGGUGUACGCAGGCCGUAUGUGGGGCAUCUCCUUGCUCCUGUCUCUGGCGUUGGGAUGGACGGAGGCGCAGCAGACAAACUACACCAGGCCGGUCUUCCACUGUGGAGGAUCUCUUGUGGCAGAGUCGGGAUUUGUCGGCAGUGAGGGCUUCCCGGAUCAUUACAAACCAAACAGCAAAUGCACCUGGAUCAUCACAGUCCCGGAAGAUAAAGUGGUCAUGCUCUCCUUCCGGAUUUUCGACCUGGAGGCCGACUCGCAAUGUCGCUACGACUACCUGGAUGUUUACAACGGCAAAUCCAACACGGUGCAAAAACUGGGCCGGUUCUGUGGCACCUUCCGGCCCGGUGCUCUUAUUUCCACCACCAAUACGAUGAUGUUGGACAUGGUGACCGAUGAGGAGACCCACGGUCGAGGGUUUGUGGCCUACUUCAGUGGUGCCACGCCGUAUGCUGAGGAUGAGCAGUUCUGUGGGGGAAAGACAACAAAAUCUCAGGGAGAGAUCAUGACGCCAAACUGGCCCAACAAGAGAUAUCCACCGGGAACUAGCUGCUCUUGGCUCAUUACUGUGGAACCCGAUAAGGUAAUCCACGUUAAAUUUGGCAAGUUUAAUUUGGAGGCGGAUACCUAUUGCCGCUUCGACUAUGUGGCCUUCUUUAAUGGUGGAGAGAAAGAUGACUCACGCCUGAUAGGAAAAUAUUGUGGCGAUCAAGCCCCACAGCCCAUCACUACAAGCGGCAACGUGCUCCUGGUCCAGUUCGUGUCUGACCUCAGUGUGACAUCCGAUGGAUUCCUGGCCACUUACACAAGCAUCCCCCGUGGUUCUGACGCAGCUGUAGUGCACAGCGCCGGUGCCGGUACCAGGUCCAUUCCAGCGAAGCCUGCUGUCAAACCCGCCGUACGUGUAGUCCCGAUGACCGCAGCGCCGCCACCUGCCCCCACGAUCAAAUAUGUGCCCCCUGCUGCACCGGAACCAACUAAGAAACCCAAACCUGUCAGGCCCACGAAUGGACGUGGUACCGGUACCACGGGCCAGGACAGGGGAACGGUUGACUCGAGACCAAAUGGAGGGCGACCUGUCGCUCAGAAUCCACUGUGUGCCAAAGUGUGUAAAAGAGACGGAACCAUCAAGCCCAUGUUCUGUGCCAGUGAAUUUGUGAUCACCGGGAAGGUGACCUCUCUGGCCCCUGGGCCCCGGGGCACCCUUCUCAUCGGGGUAUCCCUCAUUCGGACUUACAAGGCAGGGCGGCUAAGUAUCACGCAAGUCGGAGAGACCAUGUCCGUUCGAUUGGUGUCACAAUGCAGGAAGUGCCCAUUGCUUCGCAGAGGCGCUAACUACAUCAUCAUGGGUCAAGUGGAUGAAGAUGGCCGCGGCAGCCUGCAACCCGGCGCGUUCACAGCUCCGUACAAAGCCCCACAUCACAAAUUAUUGACAAACAUCAACAACCAGCCAUGCUAACUCGAAACAUCUGUCCCGAACACGAUGACUCAAUAAGUCCUUGUAUAAUGCAAAAGACAAAUCUACAUGAGAUAAUAAUAUCUCAGUAAAACAUAACAGUAAAUUUAUAACCCCAGUGAAGAAACACAAAUCCUGAAACAUUGUCUGUAAUUUAUAUAUGAAUGAAGGAUUAUUAUAUCACUUUUGUCA